AGAGAGAGGGAGAGCGAGCGAGAUGGAGUCGGGUCGGUUAGAGAGCGAAGAACAGAGGCAGGAGGGAGAGAGCGGUGGCAUUCCUGUGAAUAAGAAGAAAAUGGAGGUCUUGGUUGCUAUCGACGAGAGCGAAGGGAGCUUCUACGCUCUCAAGUGGGUCCUCGACCGUCUAUUCCCUUCAUCAUCACCGUCCGAUCAGCAGGCCCAAGAAAGACCGACCCUCAUUCUCCUUCACGUCCAACAGCCUUUCCAGCACUACAUCUUUCCAGCCGGACCUGCUGUGUAUGCAACAUCUACUGUGGUCGAGUCGGUUAGGAAAGCACAGGAACAGAACUCUUCACUACUACUGGCUCGUGCAUUGGAAGCCUGCCAAGGAAGGAUGGUAGAGAUCGAAACCCUGAUUCUGGACGGUGAUCCCAAGGACAUGAUUUGUCAGGCCGCGGAGCAGCAUCAUGUUGAUCUUGUCGUUGUAGGAAGCCGUGGCCUUGGCAAGAUCAAGAGGGCAUUUCUGGGCAGCGUCAGUGACUAUUGUGCGCAUCAUGCGAAAUGCCCCAUCCUCAUAGUUAAACCCCCCAAGUGAGGCAUACCAUCCACGUGUGCCAUCACAUGCUAGAUCUGUAGAUAGGUGUGGCAUCCAAGCCGUUCAUCAGGUAGGUCUAACUAGGUAGAUGCACAUGCCCAAAAAUCAGGCUGGCCUGCUCAUCAGGUGGGCUCCAAUGUUGGAAACAUGUAGACGGCUUAGAAAACUUCAGUCAGUUUUCCUCCAUGGUGGGGACACCCUGAUGGAUGGAUUGGAUGUGGUCAGAUUCCUGGGCCAGGACAUGUACAUGGUGGGGACACCCUGAUGGAUGGACUGGAUGUGCUGCCUAUGUGGCAUGCUGGAACACGUGGUGGUGUGUACAUGGUCUGCCUUAUAGACUUGUGUGAAAGUUCAUGGACUGUGUGUGAUGUAUAUGCGUUGGAGAAACAGUUUUAUUUAUUUA